AUGGCGGUGGCGGUGCUGCGGCCGCUGGACGCGCCGCCGGCCGAGCUGGCUCCGGCCACGGCGCUGCUGCUGGCGCCGCCGGCGCUGUGCGCGGCGCUGCGCGGGCGGGGCGGCUCUCUGGUGCUGGCGGUGCGGCCGGCGGGGCGCGGCGGGGCGCAGCCCGUGCUGCUGAGCGCCGUGGCGCUGGAGGCGGGCGGGCGGCGCGGCGCGGAGCUGUGGCUGCGCGGGGCGCUGCUGCGGCGGCUGGGGCUGGCGGCGGGCCGGCGGGUGGCCGUGUGGCCCGUGCGGCGCCCUCCGGCGCUCGCCUGGGUGCUGCUGGGGGCGGCGGGGCGGGCGGGGCGGCCGGCGGGCGGCGCGGUGCUGGCGCGGCGAGGCGAGGCGCUGCCGGGGCCGGGCCCGGGGCCGGGCCCGCUGGUGCUGGAGGCGCGCCCGGCGCUCCAGGGGUUGCUGGGCAGCGGGACGCGCACCGCCCUCGCGCCCCCGCCGCCGCCCGCCCCGCCGGGCACCGCCCGCGGCCGCGCCCCCGCCGCGCCGCCCCUCGUCUCCCGCUUCGCCGCCACCGCCGCCGCCGGCCCGCGGCUGCGGGCGGUGCCCGGCGGGGCGAGCGGUGGCGGCGGGGCCGAGGUGUGGGUGAGCCGGCGCGGGCUGCUGGCGCUGGGGCUGUUCCAGGGCGAGUGGGUGCGGGUGGGCGCCGAGGGGGCGGCCCGCGAGCACCUGGCGGCGCUGCUGGCCCGGCCGCCGCCCUGGGAGUACCCGCGGGCCGCCCGCCGCUGCCCGGCCGACGGCGCCGCCCUGCUGGACCCCGCCCUGGCCUUCAACCUGGGCUGUGACCCCGCUGCUGCCGCCCAUCUUCGCCUGCAGAGGUACGAAAGGACCGGCGCGGCGGAUGGGAAGGGCAGCCGGUCUGUGCUUUCCGUGCCUCCUUUCGCCAAAGAGCUGCACCUAGAGAUCAUCUGCUCGCCGGCCUACUGCGCCCAGGGAGGCUACAGCCGCGUGCUCUACAGGCACUUUGAAACGCCCCGGUGA